UCUUCACUGUCCAGAAUUCAUUAUGACGCUCUUUGAGUAUGACUCUUUACCUGAGGCUGCCCAAAAUGGGCACAUUACCGGACAGAUUGUCGGCUCGUUAGGUUUGAUUGGACUUCUUGGCUAAACAACGCUCAGAAAUCCGCAAUAUGGCCAAAAUGCUGCCGCCUGUGGUUGUUCGCAGCCGUUGUUGUCAUUAGUUGUCCACAAGCGAGAUGUCAAAUGGCAAAUGAUUUGUGGGACAAGUGAGUUCGAAUCGAAUCGAAUUGAAUUGAAUGGAAUCGAAGAUGGAACCGAACUCGGUUCCCCGGAGAGCACUUGGCAAUUAGCUUUACAUAACCUGACCCAAUCAACAAUGCCGAAAUCCAAAGCCAAAUCCGUUCGUGACCAAGGAAAGUCCAUCGAUGGGUAACACCAAAAUCGUGUCAGCCAUUAAAAGUGAUAGCUGUCACAGCUCUGGGAUAGUGUUCCCCAGCCAGAAUAAUUCGUUCCAAAAAAUUAAUCCAGGCCAGGGAAGUCACGCCCUAAGCUUAAGAGCUUAUAAAAACCCCAAAACUGGACGUACCAUCAGUCAGUAAUUGGUGAAAAUGUCAACCAGGUGGACGUCUCUAGUCAUUGCCCUGAUGGGUUUCCUCAUUAUUGGGGAAAGUCUGGGGGAUGUCUCCCACUAUUACGCCUCACCAUUGGAGCAUUUUGGCAACUAUCUCCAUGGUCAAGUACCCUUUCAGUUGGGAUUAUCUCCUCCUAGUUUAUAUGGACCUCCUGCUUCUGCUCCUGCACCUGUCACUCCCUCCCCAGUGGCUCCUGUUCCGGUGGCCACCACGGAGUUUAGUCUACCGGAGAUUAUCGAAAAUCGCAGUGUGAAGAUUCAGGGAAGCAGAUUUAUACCCCUCAGUCAGCAUUAUCUUCCACCGGCCAUAGAGGAGCGUCCCAACUAUGAAAGUCCCAAGCCCAGUGAAGAAUCAUAUCCUGCUUAUUACUAUCCCCAACCUGGUGGCAGCAUCAUUACCGCCUCCGUACCCACAACCACUACCACUGCGAGACCCAUUAUUGUGCAGGAUCCUGGCGAGGAUAUCGAGACCAUUCACUCCCCAGGCUAUGAUUACCAUGCUCCCGUGGCUCCUGUUCCUGUAUUUACCACUCAAAAACCGGGAUCUACACCUGGUCCCAUUUAUUUGCCGCCUGAAGGUAACCAGGAUCAGAAUCAACUCCGAUUGCGUCUGAAGGAUAUGCGUUGCCUAUCUGGAGGAUAUUUUCGAGCUGUUCUCAAGCUGGAUAGCUUUUUGGGAGCAGCUCCUACAGUGGAUCAGGACAAUGACGAUGUGCAGGAUAAACGCUGUGAAAUGAAGUUGUCAAGGAGUUUUCUGCUCCUUGAUAUUUCUGGCCAGGAUUUCGAGCAUUGUGGCGUGAGAUCCUGCGGUAAGGAUCUGUGUCUACGUCUACGCUUUCCCGCAAUCAGAGGGUUAAGAACCAGUGGGGAUUCAAUCUUAACCCUACACUGCAAAUCCCAAGAGCGAGUGGCGGUCAAGACACAUGCCCUGAAAAUGGCCGUGGCCAAUGAUGUACAAUCUCGCAGUGGUGGCAGCUAUGCCCAUGGCGGCAAUCAGAAUCCCUUUCGCACCCAUGUGGAGCUACUGCAAAAAGGUGGCAAUGGUUAUACCCGUCACCUGGAGACCAAUGGUGCAGUGCAGCUGGGCGAGGAGUUGCUUCUAAGAGCCCAUGUUCUAGCGGGAGAUGGCUGGAACUACACCAAGCUAAGUGAUGUGCAGCUCCAGAGGAUUGCCUCGGGCGGUGAAGUGCUCAACACCGUUCAGUUAAUCAGUUCGAGGGGUUGUCUCAAUCCUGCCAUGCUCUCCAUCUGCUCCCAUGGCCCCAUUUUGGAACCACCUCUGGGUCAGAGGCUCCACUUCAAGGCUGUCAUGUUUCCGGGUAUGCAAAGUGGUGAGGUUUUGGUGAUAUCCAUGCGGAUUACGGGUUGCCUGGAGCGUGAGGAUUGCCAGGUGACAUCCCAGGAUUGUUUGCCAUCGGUGGGACAGCGCAGGCGACGGAAUGUCUCCCAUGGAAAUGGCACCGAAGUGUCAGAAGUAUCACACCUAAGUUUUAGAGUUAUUAUGCCAGGAGUGGAGGAGAGGGAGUUUUCCAAGGAAAUGAGGGAUAGUGGGGGGAAAAAUUCAAAUAUUAGAGAAGUUUCCAAGUCACUGGCUUUAUUCGGUAGCUUGGGUUUUGUGGUAAUGCUCUUAGGAGUGGCCAUUGUGGCUUUGUAUAAGUUUGGAAAAUAGUGAAAUAUCUUACAGUCUAUAUAAAAAAUCUAGA